AUGGAUAUCAUGUCAAAUGGACCGGCGGUUCUUGCGCCUGCCGCAGCUUCGGGCUCCGACCUUCAUUCCACCGCCAGUUCGACCGGUAUAACCCUGGCAGCGACGUCGACCUCCUCCCUCUCCUCCCUCAAUGACUACUCCAAUUUUCCCUUGAGACGCCAUGGCGAUCGCACGUAUCUCCGAGACCCCGACAACCAGUAUCCUCUUCCCUGCGACCUUCCUGAGAUACACCGACAGACCUUGCGCUCGCUCAUGCUCAUGCGCGUUUUUGGUGGGCCGUUCUGCAACCCACAUUUGGCCGACUGCGCCCCGAAGCGAGUCUUGGAACUCGCCUGUGGUUCAGGACUGUGGUCAAGCAUGUGCCAUGAUUAUUUCGCUCGUCGCGGCCACCGCACCGUGUCCUUCAACGGCAUUGACAUCGUCUCCGUCGCACCCGACCUGCGCAAAAAGGGUGUGAAUUGGCAAUUCAAGCGUCACGACCUACGGAAGCCCCGCCUGCCAUUUCCCGACGACUAUUUCGAUUUUGUCUUCAUCAAAGAUGCGGGUAUGUGUCCUUCCAGUCCGGCCCAGCAAGCCUCGGGAUUGAGCGAGCCGUUGCGUGUUCUCAAGUCCGGGGGUAUCUUGGAAGUCUGGGAUUCCGACUGGGUGUUCCGCUCUCUGCUGCCCAAUCCGGCACCCGCUCGCAAACUGGCCUCGAGAGAACAAGAGACCGCCGAUGCGACCGCGACGUACACCUUCUCGUCUGCCACGCCAUUCACGCGCGCCCAGAACAAGUUUCUCCAAGACUACAAUACCUGGCUUGAGAAAGCGUUCGAUCAGCGGAGAUUGACUGCUUUACCAUGCGCCACGAUGGGCCUAUCCUUCAAUGCGGAGGUAGACGUCCUUGAGAAGGUCGAUAGUCGUCGCAUUGCCAUUCCGUUGGGCGAACUACGCUGGGAACGAGAGGGGUAUGGAAAGGAAACGAGUGGUGGAACUCGAAGACAGUUGACGGCCGAUCAGUUAUCCAUCCGACGCACUGCGCUUCUGACGGUCAUCCAAAUGAUAGAAGGCAUGGAGCACAUUCUUAUGGAGGCCAGCGGGAAGAGCAAGGACGAAUGGGAUCGCUGGUGGGCAGCAAUGAUGACCGAUUUGUUCCAGAAGGAUGGCCUCGCGAACGGGGAGUGCUUGGAAGUGAGUGCUUGGUGGGGUCGAAAGAUAUAG